AUGUCGGAACCGUCUAUCGAAGAUUACACGAUCGGUUGGAUAUGUGCCUUGCAAGAAGAGUAUGAGGCUGGAUGUCGAAUGCUCGAUGUUGAAUAUGACGGCCCGGAGACGAGCGAGAUAAAUGAUAACAACACCUACGUAUUUGGUUGUGUUGGUGGACAUAAUGUUGUCAUUGGAUGCUUGCCAGAUGGCCGAUGUGGCACAAGCUCUGCUGCUAGGGUUGCCAGAGACAUAGUUCGAUCGUUUCCCAAUCUGAGGUUCGCCCUGAUGGUGGGAAUUGGAGGAGGCGCCCCGACGCCGGAGAGAGAUAUCCGCCUUGGUGACGUCGUUGUCAGUGUACCCCAGGGCAAGCUUGGAGGUGUCGUGCAAUACGAUUUUGGGAAAAGGCUGUCGAACAGCCGGUUUCAACGAACAGGCCAGCUAAACGCUCCUCCAGAGGUGCUUCUUGGAACUAUUCCUGAGAUACGACGACGUCACAAUGACCCUAGGAAGUCAGACAAAAUCUCUGAAUAUUUGAGGCUGAUGGAUGAUAUGCCUGACUACCAACGCCCUGCUGAUGAUCGAUUGUAUCGUGCUGACUACGCGCAUAAAGGUGGAAAGAACUGUGUGACAUGUGAAGCUGAUGGAUUGGCAGAGCGUCCACAGCGUAAAAACAGUCGUGAAGUCACGAUCCACUAUGGGACCAUUGCAUCUGCCAAUUCGGUAAUGAAGAAUGCCACAGAAAGGGACCUCUAUGCCAAUGAUCCGGAACUAAACGUUUUGUGUUUUGAGAUGGAAGCCGCUGGCUUGAUGAACAACUUCCCCUGUCUGGUGAUCCGGGGGAUCUGCGAUUAUUCGGAUACACACAAAAAUGAUGAGUGGCACAAAUAUGCAGCACUCACGGCUGCUGCAUAUGCCAGGGAGCUUCUUCAUGUUCUGAAGCCUCGGAAGGUGGCUGGGCUGCCGCCAUGGGCGGGGAAAAUGGAAGGCCUUCUGGCAGACAUCCAAGAAAGAGUUUCAGGCAUUGCGAGAAAGGCCGAUGAGAUUAUCCGUCAUCAACACGGUCAAGAGGAGGAGAAAAUCCUGGAGUGGCUCACGCCAACCAACUAUGCUCCACAGCAGAACGACCUCAUCAGGAAGCGACAAUCGGGGACUGGCCAAUGGUUGCUGGAUUCGGCACAGUAUCAGAAUUGGCUAGAAACUAACAAGCAGACGUUGUUCUGUCCAGGCAUUCCUGGGUCGGGGAAGACAAUUAUCACCGCGAUUGUGGUCGACCAUCUUUAUAAGAUAUUUUAUAGCGACGCCACAAUUGGAAUCGCGUACAUUUAUUGCAACUUUAAGCGCCAAGAGGGGCAAACAGCCGAUUUCUUAUUCCUAAGUCUUUUGAAGCAAUUAGUCCAGCAAUCUCCAUCUAUACCGGACAGUGUGAGGGCUCUCUAUGACGUCUAUGUAAAUAAGAGAACGCCAUUAUCAUUUGAUGAAGUUAGUAGAGCUGUGUAUUCUGUGAUUGCUACUUAUUCACGAGUCUUCAUUGUCAUCGACGCACUUGACGAAUGUCAAGCAACCGACGGUUCCCGAUCACGUUUUUUAUCUGAAAUUUUUAACCUACAGCUUAAGAGUGGGGCGAGUAUCUUUGCUACUUCAAGAUUCAUCAGUGAUAUUACAGACAGGUUUAAGGGUAAUAUAAACCUGGAAAUCCGUGCCAGCGAUGAGGAUGUGGGAAGAUAUCUAGAUGGUAAUAUCUCUAAGCUGCCGGCAUUUGUGGGACGCAAUCAAGACCUCCAAAACAAAAUCAAAACUGCAGUGAUAAAGGCUGCUGAUGGCAUGUUUUUGCUAGCACGACUCUACUUAGAUUCCCUCGACGAUAAGUUGACAACAAAGGCUGUCGAGAGUUCAUUAAAACAAUUCCAAGGACACAAUCUGGCAUCGGAUGAAGAUGAACGGCUAAAAUUACUUUCUCAAGCAUAUGAACAAGCGAUGGAGAGAAUCAUGGGUCAGAAACCAGGCUUCCAGCUUCGACAUGCCCUUGCUGUGGAACUCGGUACAUCUGAACUUGACACAAAGAAUCUUCCAGAAAUAGAAGAUAUGAUUUCCGUGUGUGCGGGAUUGGUCACGGUCGACGAAGAAAGCAAUAUCAUCCGCUUGGUCCACUAUACAACUCAAGAAUACUUUAAAAGGACACAAGGCACGUGGUUUCGGGAUGCAGAAACCAGGAUCACGACAACCUGUCUAAUAUAUCUUUCUUUCAGUCUCUUUGACAGUGGGGUUUGUCAAACGGAGAAUGAGUUUGAAAAGAGGUUAGAAUCUAAUCAUCUUUACGGCUAUGCCGCACAAAAUUGGGGACACCAUGCCCGUAUAUCUUCAAUUGAGGACAGGAAGUUGAUUUUGGAUCUUCUUGAGAGUGAGACUAAAAUAUCUGCUUGUAUCCAAGCGAUGAUGGUGCUUAGGGACUACAAGGGCUAUUAUCUGGAAGUUCCGAUGAGGAUGAAAGGAGUGCACCUUGCAGUGCACCUUGCAGCAUACUUUGGAUUGGUGGAAUCUAUGACGGACUUACUAGAGAAGCAGUACGCUCCGAACCCAAAGGAUAGUUCAGGUCGGACGCCACUGUCAUGGGCUGCAGAAAACGGGCAUGAGGCAGUAGUCAAGCUGCUGCUUAGUGAUAAGAGAGUUGACCCACAUUCUAAGGACAAAACGUAUGGUCAGACGCCACUGUUCAGGGCUGCGGGAAAUGGACAUGAGGCUGUGGUCAAGCUGCUGCUUAGUGAUAAGAGAGCUGACCCAAAUUCUAAGGAUAAAAGUGGCUGGACGCCACUGUUAUUAGCUGCGGAAAAUGGGCAUGAGUGCUUGAUGCUGGCGGGUGUUGAAAUUGCGCAAAGUACGGACAUAUGGUUAUACCAUAUCGUCAUUAAAGGCAUGGUGGAGAUGGUCAGUCCUGUGAACGAAUACGCCACCCUCGCCGCGAACAACGUUAACGGCUUCGUGUCCUCUAUCCUCGCGUGGGUGAGAGAGACCAAUGCAACAAUCGGAGCUUAUACGUUCUCCGGCUUUGAUAUAUAUGACUUCGACGACCUUGACGGACUCGUUACCAGCACUUGUCAAACAGCCGUUGCCCAGACCAUUCGAUGUCCCAAAUAUCUCACCAUAUUUGAUGUGCAGUUCUACUUGUGGUCCCAGCCUCCAGAGCUGGUAGCAUUCUCUGACGCCAACAGCAUGGAAUCAAUGCCAACUAAUGAGCUUUGCUCGUGGUGCUGGACACAGAUGGUUAUUAUGAUGCAAAAUAGCUCCUAUUCUGCAUUUAACGACUACUAUCAGUCCGGGAUGCAAUACAUGGUCAGCGAAUGUUCUCUAGACGCGCCAACCACUAUGCCCGAAUCUCUUAUUCAAGCCCAGCCCACGGUGACGCCGAUGUGCCUGUCGGGCGUGAACUAUACGAUUCAGGAAGGAGACACAUGCGACUCCAUCGCCAUUGCAAACCACGUAACAUCUGCCUCGAUCCUCACCAAUAAUCGUAUGAUUAUAAAUAGCUGCUCAUCACUCAUUCCUGGAAGAACAAUAUGCAUGCCUCUGUCAUGCACACCUUUGUACUCUCUGCAGCCUGACGACGACUGUUUUACAAUCGAAAAUGCAAACAGACUGCGGGAUGGUACUCUUCACCAGUACAAUCCAUGGAUCAAUUACUUCUAUAGCAAUCUCCAGGAAUCGACUGAUAUUCUCGGACAUACGUUAUGCUUGGGCCCUCAAGCUGGGAAGUUCGUUUCCAACAGUAGGCUCCACCCUAACCCUCCUGCUUCCUCAGUGCCCUCUACGGGCUAUUCGCAGUAUGUUACAGCUCCGCCAAUAAAUGCAACGGUAGCCUUGGGGACAACGACUUAUUGCGGUAUAUGGUAUACUGUCAACGAGGGAGAUACAUGCGCCCAAAUUUGCGUCAUGGAGUCUAUACCUUCCAGUCUAUUCCUUGCAAUCAACCCGUCGCUUAGCGGUACCAAAUGUGACACAAGUCUGGUCGUGAACACAACAUACUGCGUGGCUCCAAUGUUCAGUUGGGAUGACCCUUCGUAUUGGGCCGAUGAUGAUCCGCCGUCUAUAACGUGA